CCGUUUGUUUCCAUGUAACUCUGUUUCUUAAGAUAAAACAUGGACUAGAGUUUUACAUAAAAUAAUAGAGUUCACCUCCAGCCCCAUUCUUCCACGGCCAUAGGCACGUUUGCACAUGCCUAAAUGAGCAACAUAUGAUAUGCACUGGUUGAGGGCGGGAUUCAUUUCUGUGUGCAGUGUGAAGCAUAAAACCUGAAAGAUUUACAAGAUUCACACACUCAUCAAACCAGCUGACCACAAUAGACAGGUUGUAAUCUUACAGGCGCCUUUCUAGAUUUCCUGAUAGCAUUGGCUGCUUCAUUCCUGUGCGUGGUGUAGAAAUGGAGGGGAUUGUAGAAGGCUGUCUGGGUUUUCUAUACGAUCUGCUUGUGGUAAUUUGUGUUGGGCUGCUGCUUCUGCAAGUUGCUGAGGGCCGGUCGGUGAGGUUGUUGGUGCUACUCGUGGUUUCUGGAGUGAUGUUGAGCUGCUUGGUCCAUUCAAGUGCCCUUAAAGUGGGGCUUGUGAGUGUGCUGUGUAGUCUCAUCCACUAUGUAGGGAGAGAAGAGGUCAUGUUGCCUACCAAAAACAAGGCAGUACUGAUCACAGGUUGUGAUUCAGGUUUUGGUCACGAUCUGGCCAGGUUUUUGGACAGCGCGGGGAUGAGGGUGUUUGCAGGGCUUCUGGAUGAACUCAGUCCUGGAGCUCUGAAGCUGAAGAAAGAUGCAUCUCCAAAUCUCACUGUCCUACAGUUAGACAUCACCAACAGCAGCCAGAUCACACAGGCACAUCAGUACAUCCAGAGUCAAAUAGGCAAAACCGGACUCUGGGCACUAGUGAACAAUGCCGGAGUGCUGGGAUACAUGUGCGAUGGAGAAAUUCUGCCAAUUAAAAUGUAUAAAAAAUGCUUAGAUGUAAAUUUUAUUGGUAGUGUGGAGAUAACACAAGCCUUUCUGCCUCUAAUACGACAAUCAAAAGGACGACUCAUCAGUAUAUCCAGCAUGGCAGGAGAAGUUCCACUUCCUGGAUUUGCAGGAUAUGGGGCAUCUAAAGCAGCGCUGAUCUCGUUCAAUGGAGCAAUUAGACAGGAACUCUCACGCUGGGGAGUCAAAGUCAUCAUCAUUCAACCUGGAGCUUUCAAAACAAAUAUUUUGGGCAGCAGAGAGCAGUGGAAUAGCGCUCAGGAGGACAUCCUCAGCGGUUUGGCUCAGGAAGUGAUGGUGUCUUAUGGAGAAGAAUACAUCCGCUCAAUGCAGCAGCGGCUGGUCAACAUGUCUUCAGUAUCAAGCUCAGACACAGGGCCGUUUCUGGAGGCUUUAAAGCAUGCCAUACUGUCCCCAAGACCAAAGCCCUUCUAUUACCCCGGGGCCUCGGCGUGGGCUCUUCCAUUACUCUACAGACACAGCCCCACCUCACUGUCUGACAGAAUCUUAUCACGAAUCUUUAUGAGCAGUGAUGCCCAACCAGCAGAACUCUUGAAUUCUUGAGUUGUGACUCGUUUAGUGAUACUAAUCGCACAAGACUUGCACACUUAACAUUUACAUACCUCAUUUGACUUUCCGUUAACAAUUUAGGCAAGCAAAUACCACAGCAUUAGCAGUCAUUUUACAGUCUAGCAUGAAAGUACGCUCACAUUUAUCAUUUUUCUGCAAAAUUUCAUGGUCAAAAGAUUUCGAUUUACGAAACCGGUUUAACCUACAUUGACCAACAGAAAGCUGCUAGGUUUGAAAGUGACUGCAUUGCUAUAUUAUUAACAAUAGACCAUUUUUGCUUGUGAAACAUCGCCAGAAUUUCACUAAUAUGGCUUAAUGGUUUUAAAGCCAUCAUCGUAAUCUCGGCCAUUUUUAAAGCACUGGUCAAUCACAUCCAGGUCAGGUUUUUACUUUUUUUUCUAGGAUGGUACAUUUAAUUGUGAAAAAAUAUAUACUAAGUCUUGUUCAAACAAAUCCAUAAAACACUUGUACCUUUGCCAUGAAAUGUUGGUCUUUUAACAGUGCAGGUUAUCGUCAUUAAACAAAAAUAAAAAUCUAAAAAAAAA